CAGCGUAGGGAAGUAGCUGCUUCAUCGCUGUGGCGUGGGUCUGUAGCGUAAGAGGAGAUGAAUGGGAAGCGGCCAGCUGAGCCCAGCCCGGGCCGGGCGGGGAAAAAGGGAAAGAAGGAGGUGAUAGCGGAGUUUUCGGACGCUGUCACGGAAGAAACCUUGAAAAAGCAGGUGUCCGAGGCGUGGAGCCGCCGGACGCCGUUCCGUCACGAGGCCAUUGUCAUGGACAUGGAUCCCUUUCUUCACUGUGUGAUCCCCAACUUCAUCCAAAGCCAAAACUUUCUGGAAGGGCUUCAGAAGGAACUUUUGAACUUGGACUUCCAUGAAAAGUAUAACGAUUUAUAUAAGUUCCAGCAGUCUGAUGAUUUGAAGAAGAGACGAGAGCCUCACAUCUGUGCUUUAAGGAAAGUUCUGUUUGAGGAUUUCCGGACCUGGCUUGCUGACAUUUCCCAGAUUGACCUGGAAUCAACUAUUGACAUGUCCUGUGCUAAAUACGAAUUCUCCGAUGCCCUCCUCUGCCAUGACGACGAGCUGGAAGGGCGCCGGAUAGCCUUCAUUCUGUACCUGGUUCCUCCCUGGGACAGGAGCUUGGGGGGCACCCUGGACCUGUAUGACGUUGAUGAACACUUUCAGCCAAAGCAGAUUGUCAAGUCUCUCAUCCCUUCAUGGAACACAUUGGUUUUCUUUGAAGUGUCUCCAGUAUCCUUUCACCAGGUGUCUGAAGUCCUAUCUGAAGAAAAGUCACGUUUGUCUAUAAGUGGCUGGUUUCAUGGUCCUUCACUGACCCGACCUCCCAACUACUUUGAACCUCUCAUACCUCGGAGCCCUCACAUCCCACAAGAUCAUGAAAUUUUGUAUGAUUGGAUCAACCCUACUUAUCUGGACAUGGAUUACCAAGUUCAAAUUCAAGAAGAGUUUGAAGAAAGGUCUGAAAUUCUCCUCAAGGAGUUCCUUAAGCCUGAGAAAUUUGCGGAGGUCUGUGAGGCUUUGGAGAAAGGAGAUGUGAAAUGGAGCAGCCGAGGUCCCCCUAACAAAAGGUUUUAUGAGAAAGCUGAGGAGACCAAGCUCCCCGACAUUCUGAAGAACUGCAUGGAAUUAUUUCGCUCCGAGGCUCUGUUCUUGCUGCUGUCCAACUUCACAGGCCUCAAACUUCACUUCUUGGCCCCUUCAGAAGAAGAUGAGAUGGAGAACCAAAAAGAGGGAGAAGGAGCCUCUGCCACUGAUAACACUGAAGAAGGGACAAGCCACAGCUCCCCUGGGCCAGAGAGCAAGCAGACAGCCUUCCGCAGCCGCAGCCAGCAGAGCCAGGAACAGACAGACCCGGAGUCAGAGGAAAAUGAAGCAAAGAAAGACUCAAGUGUUCCCACAUGCCAGGGGGAGCUGAGGCGUUGGAAGACUGGUCACUACACUUUGAUCCAUGACAACAGCAAGACUGAAUUUGCCCUGGACUUACUUCUCUACUGUGGCUGUGAAGGCUGGGAGCCAGAAUUUGGUGGUUUUACUUCCUACAUUGCCAAAGGUGAAGAUGAAGAGCUGCUAACAGUGAAUCCAGAAAACAACUCUUUGGCAUUGGUCUACAGAGACAGAGAGACUCUCAAAUUUGUCAAGCAUAUUAACCACCGAAGCCUCGAACAAAAGAAAGCUUUCCCAAAUAGAACCGGUUUCUGGGACUUUUCAUUUGUCUAUUAUGAAUGACAGGGCUGGGCAAAACUGAAAGAAAGAGACCCCUCCUCGGUACUGGGAAGUACGCAAGAGCCACGAGGUGACCCAUGUGAUGGUGUCCUUAGAAUCUGUGUGUGGUAGGACUCCUCAUCACUGUCCUCAAUCUAGACCUUGGGCUUGGAGCCAGGUACUUCUCUCUUGAUUUAAAAAAAAAAAAAGGCUUUUUUUUUUUUUUUUAAUGUUCACUUUUUUGUUUUCCAUAUGGGCUUCCUUAGUGAUUUUUCAAAAGUUUUUGUGAGUGGUAAAAUAUACAUGACAUAAAGUGUACCAUUUUAAGCAACUUUAAAUGUACACUUCAGUGACAUUGAAUACACUCAUGUGGUUGUGCACCUGUCAUCACCAUCCACCUCCAGAACGUUUCCAUCUUCCUGGACUAGAGCUCUGUCCCCAUUAAAGACUAACUCCCCACCCCCAGCCCCUGGAAGCCCCCAGCCCUAUUCCACUUUCUGGCGCUCUCUGUUCAUAGAAGUGGAACAAUACAAUAUUUGUCCUUCUGCAACUGACUUAUUUCACCUAGCAUAAAGACUUCAAGGUUCAUCCAUGUUUCCGGUGAUUUUUUUUUUUUUUAAUACUCAAGGCCCUUUCCUAAUCACACUGGUUUAGAACAUUACAGAAAGUUCUAGUCUGUUCUUGCUGGGUUCAUUACACUUCCUCCCACUGCUUAUGGCUUUGUUUCACCUACUCUCCUAGGACAGUGUAGACUUAUGAUGUUGGUAUUCCUGUCUUGGUAAAUGUCUGGCCCAAACCACAUCUCUCCCCACCCCCCAACCCUCAGAGACUUCUGGUUGGUAGAGGAGAGGGCUACUUGUGCCCCAUGUAGUGGUUCCCGGGGCCACUCCUUUUCCAUCCUGGAGUUGGGGCUCAUAUAAUAUAACUGUAUGAUUCCGGCCUCACGAUGUGUCUUUCCUUCUAAACACUCUCGGGUCAGCUAUAAAAUUAGUUGCCUUUUUUUUCUUUAAGAGGACAGAUGCUAAAGGCCACAUCAGAAUGCCAAGAGCCCGUCCAUUUUGUUACAUCCUUUUUCCCCUAGACUGUGGUAGGGAUUACAUGCUAGGUUCUACCUGUAUAUGUGGGUGUGCCCGGUGGGCAUAGGGGGCGCUGCAUCUUUACCUGAAAGAUGCUAUUCUCAUUCCAUUGUAUUCUUGUUUCCUCUCUCUUUUUUACAUUUAUUACCAACUGUUACCAUAGCUUUUAUUUGGGGUUUUAUUAAUUAAUAGGAACAACACUGGGCUUCUGUCUUUGUUAAUCCUGUAAUAUUUGAGUACUGACUCUCUUCCCAAGUCGGCAUUUAAAUGAGACAAUAAGGGCAGCCCCGGUGGCUCAGGGGUUUAGCGCCGCCUUCAGCCCAGGGUGUGAUCAUGGAGACCCGGGAUCGAGUCCCACAUCAGGCUUCCUGCAUGGAGCCUGCUUCUCCCUCUGCCUCUCUCUCUCUCUCUCUCUCUCUCUCUCUCUCACUCAUCUUUCUGUGUCUCUCAUGAAUAAAGAAGUCUAUAAAUAAAUAAAUAAAUAAGACAAUAAG